CGUUGCUGGUGCAGAAGCCAGGCGGCGGCGGAGGAGGAAGGAGGCAGAAUGGCGCUGCUCCUCCCACCCAGGAGCCCCUUCCUGCACUUGACCGGCCCCGCCAGGAGGGGGCGCGCCAAAGCCCAGCCCAUUGUCAGCUGUAGCCGCCUCCGAGAAAUUCAAAGCAUUCUGACCCAGAGCAGCAAAUCCCAACCAGAUGGAAUCCUGUGCAUUUUGGGAAUUGACAGCCGAUACAACGAAGGCUGCCGAGAACUGGCCAACUAUCUGCUCUUUGGCUUGUACAACCAGAACAACAAUGAAUUUGAGCGCUCAGGGUUUCCUGAAGAAGUCCUUGAUGAUGUGAUCCUACUAAUUAAACCGGACAGCGUCCACCUGUACUGCAACCCUGUCAACUACAACUACCUUUUGCCAUACGUAGCCUUUUGGAGGAACUUGCAUUUCCAUUGCCUGACAGAAAACGAGUAUGAAGAUGAAGAAGCUGCUGAGGAAUUCAAAAUUUCCAGCUUUGUCGACAUGGUUCGCGACUGCAGCCGAAUCGGCAUCCCCUUUAGCUCUCAAGGUCACCUUCAGAUCUUUGACAUGUUUGUGGUGGAGAAGUGGCCAAUCGUGCAGGCCUUUGCCCUGGAAGGAAUAGGCGGAGACGGGUUCUUUACCAUGAAGUACGAGUUAAUGGACGUCAGUGUGGAUCUGUGGAGAACUUACAGCAGAAUGGAUCCUGUCUCCUUGGAAAGUUUGCUUUAUGAGGAUUUGAUGACUUUUGAACAUCAGUGGACCAACUUCUUUGCCAAUUUCGACACAGAAAUCCCUUUCAUCCUGGAGCUGUCAGAGUCUCAAGCUGGGGAGCCAUUCCGCAGUUACUUUAGUCAUGGGAUGAUCUCAAGCCAUAUUACAGACAACAGCCCCAGCAGGCAACCCUUCGUCCUGUUUGGCACCCAUGCCUCCAAGGAGAACCUGAACUCGGCCAACUUCAACUUCCCUUCGGAGGGGCAUCUGCUUCGCAACACGGGCCACGGCGGGAGCACGGCCAAGCACAUGGUAGUGCAGUGCGUCUCUCCCAAAGGACCCCUGGCUUGCUCAAGGACGUAUUUCUUCGGAGCGACUCACACUCCUUACCUGGGCAACGAUAAUGAAGUGGAAAAGAAAGGUGAACAAGUUAAGCUUCUGUCUCAGAUCUAUGCUGCUGUUGUCGAAGCUGUCCUGGCUGGUAUCGAUUCCUAUUCAAAAACAUCCAAUGCCAGUAAGGCGAAGGAAGUAGCAGAGCAAACGUUCUCCGAUAUGCUUGAUGCCUUUCAACUUACAUAUUUUAAAGUCCCACUACGCUCUAGGAUUAUUCCACUGGAUAAUGAGGAUAGUCUCUAUUUAGUGAAAACGGUCUCCAUGACAAUAUACGACAUUCCUGAUCUGCUGGGUGGAAGGGGCUGCCUGGGAUCGGUUGUCUUCUCAGAAUCCUUCCUGGUGUCACAGAUCCUUGUGAAGGAAAAGGAUGGCAGCAUCCGCCCAGAAACCAGCUGCAUCGUUCUGACUGCAGCCAUCCCGAGAUCCGUUUCCUGGCUGGUUGAAGAUAAUGAAGUGAAGCUUUCAGAGAAGGCCCAGCAGAUCUUGAAGCAAGAAGAGUCUUUCCUGGGUGUUCUCUUGACGGGAGGCGAUGGUGCCUAUAUCGCUUCUAGCAACUCACUCUGUCGAGCAGAGGAAGGGAGGCUCUACUUCUUCUCCGAGGGCCUUCUCUUCUGCCACCCCCAUUAUGGAAGCAUCCCCAUCUCCAAGACCCACAUGACGUCCCUCAGGUUCUACGACGGAGAUUCCACCAGCGUGGUGGCUGCUCUCCUCAUAGACUACAAGAGCUCCCUGCUUCCUCAUUUGCCCAUCCAGCUCCACACCCCAAGCAACUCGCUGAUGAUCGCCCUUUUCCCGAAGUCAAGCCUUUACAAAGCAUUCUAUGCAGAGGUUUCCUCUGCCUGGCAGCAACGGGGGACUUCGGGAAUAACUUUGAAGAUGGCCCAAGGCGAUUCCCUUCCUGCAGAACAAGAGAAAUUGCAUUCCAACAUGCAGAAGCUGUUUGAUGCCUUGACCUGUCCUCCUGGGGAAAGAUGGAACCAGCUAAGAAUAUCCACAAGCCUUCCAGAUCUGGACAGAUUUCAGCAGCACUUUACGGUCAGCAGCGUAAGCCGUGAGCCAGUGUUGAGAGCUCAUCUCCCAACGUUGCUGCAAGAAUCGCAAAUCAUUCCUGAUAACAAUGCCGAGAAUGAUAAGGUGGUGAUCACCAUCUUGACGGGUCUCCCAGGCUGUCGCUCAGGUGACCUCGCUUCUUUCUUGGUCACCUUUAACAAAGAAUAUGGAAGGUGGCUCGUUUAUCGCCAAACCAUGGACAGCCCCGAAUGUUUCAGCGCCGCUCACUUCCAGAAGUACCUGGCCGGCGUCCUCGAAUCCCAGCACAAGCGCAACAGCCGGCUCUCCUCUUACGGCAGGCAGAAAACGAGGCUGCUGCUGGUCCUGCAAGGAUACACAGACGUGAUUGACAUAGUGCAGGCUCUCCAAACGCACCCCAACGCGGACGUCAAGGCCGCAUUUGUCGUCGGAGCCGUCACGACUUGCGUAGAGCCGCUGAGUUGCUACAUGGAACAUAGGUUUCUCUUCCCCAAGUUCCUGGAUCAGUGCUCGCAAGGUCUUGUGAGUAACGUCGUCUUCACGAGCCACACGUCUGAGCAAAGGAACCCGCUUCUCGUUCAGCUCCAGAACCUCAUCCGAGCCGCUAACCCCUCUGUUUCAUUUAUCCUGGCUGAAAAUGGGGUUGUGACAAGGAAUGAAGACAUUGAGCUCAUUCUCUCCGAAAGCAGUUUCUCAAGCCCGCAGAUGCUGACAACUCGCUACUUAACAUUUCCUGGCUGGUACGAUGGCAAAUUUCGUGCUGGUUCAGUCUAUCCUCCAAUGGUUCAGAUCUGUGUGUGGUUCAACCGUCCUUUGGAGAAGACACGAUUCGUAGCCAAAUGCAAAGCACUGAAGUCCUUCAAUAAGUCGAGUCCUUUCUCCGGAAACAUCUACCACAUUUUGGGCAAACUCAAGUUUUCAGAUUCGGAUCGGAUGAUGGAGGUGUGCCACAACACGCCCGCAAACUCCUUAAGCCUGUCACCUGUUCAGGAAGCCCCGUCUCCUCCCGAUUCGAGGAACGACGACCGAGACCAUAAUGGCGGGCCCCAGGAAUGCUUCCUGGUGUUUAUUGGCUGCUCCCUCAAAGAAGAUGAGAUCAAGGAUUGGCUCAGGCAGACGGCCAAGCAGAAACCACAGAGAAAAGUUUUGAAAACCCGGGGCAUGCUGACCUCACAGGAGAUCAAGAACAUUCACGUUAAACGCCAUCUAGACCCUCUUCCAGCUGGCUACUUCUAUAAUGGGACCCAGUUUGUGAACUUCUUUGGAGACAAGAUGGAUUAUCACCCACUGAUGGACCAGUUCAUGAAUGACUACUUGGAGGAAGCGAACCGUGAGAUUGAAAAGUACAACAGAGAGUUGGAGGAACAGGAGCACCACGACCUCUUCGAACAGAAAAUCUAAGUGAAAUCCCCCUUCGGUGGUAUUAAAAAGGCACCGGACCGUUACAUUCUGAACGGUUAAUGACCAAGAAAUACUACGUCCUUGCUGGCUUAAAGAAACAUUUAGAGGUCUCUUUUCAACUGGUUUUUUAAAAAUAUUUAUGCAUGUAAGGUUUUGAUCGUUGAAGAAAACAAAAUCUUAUCACCAUCCUAGCAGCAUUUAAUUGCCAGUGUGUUUCCACAUCAGCUGAGUUCUAUAAUCUUGGGCUUAUAAGUGGAAAUAUGUUGUUACAUUUUAUGUUUCAGUCAUUUAGAGAGCUGUACAUCCUGUGCUGGGAAUCUGGCCUUGAGGGGGAUUCUUGUGAUGUCCCACAAUUGGCCUUUUUUGUGUUCUGAAGUAAGGGGAAAUACGUUCACGGCCGUUGUGGACUUGUGUGUGCCCUAAAGCAAGAAAUGAGGGAACACACAUCCUCUUGAGAAUUAUACUUGACUGACAUGGUUCGUGGUGAUGUUCCAUAAGACAAGUCACUUAAUAGCUACUCAUAGCCAACAUGUUGGCUUUGAAGGUGUUCCUAAAGCGAGAAAUGGGGGAACACAUCUACUCUUGAGUUCUUCUUAACCAGCGUCUUGGCUUUGAAGGUGUUCCUAAAGCGAGAAAUGGGGGAAUACAUCUACUCUUGAGUUCUUCUUAGCCAACAUGUUGGCUUUGAAGGUGUUCCUAAAGAGAGAAAUUGGGGAACACAUCUACUCUUGAGUUCUUCUUAACCAGCGUCUUGGCUUUGAAGGUGUUCCUAAAGCGAGAAAUGGGGGAAUACAUCUACUMUUGAGUUCUUCUUAGCCAACAUGUUGGCUUUGAAGGUGUUCCUAAAGCGAGAAAUGGGGGAACACAUCUAKUCUUGAGUUCUUCUUAACCAGUAUGUUGGCUUUUAAGGUGUUUCUAAAGUGAGAAAUGGGGGAACACAUACACUCUCGAGCUCUUCUUAYCCAACAUGUUGGCUUUGAAGGUGUUCCUAAAGCGGGAAAUGGGGGAACARGUCUACUCUCGAYUUCUUCUUAACCAACACGUUGGCUUUGAAGGUGUUCCUAAAGCGAGAAAUUGGGGAACACAUCUACUCUUGAGUUCUUCUUAACUAACAUGUUGGCUUUGAAGUUGUUCCUAAAGCGAGAAAUGGGGGAACACAUCUACUCUUGAGUUCUUAACCAACAUGUUGGCUUUGAAGGUGUUCCUAAAGCGAGAAAUGGGGGAACAUAUCUACUCUUGAGUUCUUCUUAACCAAGAUAUUGGCUUUGAAGGUGUUCCUAAAGCGAGAAAUGGAGGAGCACAUCUACUCUUGAGUUCUUCUUAAUGAACAUGUUGGCUUUGAAGGUGUUCCUGAAGCGAGAAAAGGGGGAACACAUCUACUCUCGAGUUCUUCCUAGCCAACAUGUUGGCUUUGAAGGUGUUCCUAAAGUGAGAAAUGGGGGAACACAUCUACUCUUGAGUUCUUCUUAA